CAGUAGCGCGCGCGCGCUCGCGCGAUCGAGAGUACGUGUGAGCGUUUGUACAGUCUCGGGCAAAGGUAAUGAAUCAGUGUGCCGUGGUCGUUUGUCGGAUGCUCCGAUGAUUAAUGUCACGGUCAGCUGUUUUUCCGUGCGCUUACUCGACAGAACAGCGCAGUGGCGAUGAUUUGCUGAGAAACGUCGUCGCACGUGUUCGAUUAUCGACAUACAACAGGCGUAUACUGCCUUCCGCGCUACCAAAAUGGUAGAGCCUAUUUUCGAUUAUCAAUUCCGUUUGAUACUGAUCGGCGACAGUACGGUCGGGAAGAGCUCGCUCCUUAAAUACUUCACCGACGGCAAGUUCGCGGAGCUUUCAGAUCCAACUGUUGGCGUGGACUUUUUUGCAAGGCUAAUAGAAGUUAAGGACGGAACGAGAAUAAAAUUACAGUUAUGGGAUACAGCUGGUCAGGAGAGAUUUAGGUCAAUUACAAAAUCUUACUACAGGAACUCUGUAGGGGCACUUCUCGUAUACGAUGUUUGUAAUAGAGCAAGUUUUGAGCAUAUUCCUCAAUGGAUGAUGGAAGCUCGUAGACAUAUUGAACCACAUCGUCCUGUCUUUGCUUUAGUAGGCUGUAAAUUAGAUCUGGUAACAAACGGUGGUAGACGAGAAGUCUCCAAAGAAGAAGCCAGGGCGUUUGCUGAUGAGCACGGUGUACAUCAUAUUGAGACCAGUGCAAAAACUGGUAUAAAUGUUGAAGAAGCGUUUCGUACAGUUACGCAAGAAGUUUAUAACAGGAUACAAACUGGCGAAUACAAAGUGGAGGACGGUUGGGACGGCAUCAAAACGGGAUUUGCCAGACCUGGUGGUUUAGACUUUAAUCUAGUCGAGGCAGAACCAGCAAAGACUUCAUGUUGUUAGGUUAUUACUUUUAAUUCACUAAAAAAUUAAGUAAACCGGGUUGCAGAAUGCAGAUGGGAUAGUUAUAUAUAUAUAUAUAUAUAUAUCAGGGAGAUACACAUUAAAAAUUAUAUGUAGCUUGAGAAAUCACUAUAUAUGAUAUGAUUUAUAUUUAUACUCGUUUAUGUAUAUUUGUCUUGGCUGUAAAAUCUAUUAUAAUUUACCAUAGAUAUUGAUCUGUUUCUCUAGUUCCGAUAUGUAUAAAAUGUCAACUGAUCAUAUACAAUGUUAUCUAUGCAAUGUUUUUUAUUAAUGUGACGAGUAACUUCCUACUGCAUUCUUGUUUUAGAAAAAAAAAAAUUUGAAACUGACGAGCGAUUAUUAUUAUUAUUAUUAUUAUUAUAAUAACAUCUCUGGGUUAAAAAUUUCUGUAUAUAUGCUUAUACGUUGUUUAUGUCAGAUGACUAACAAAAUUUACCUAAAAUUUUGUAGAGUGUAAUUAAACAUCGAUAAAAAAAAAACAUAGAGUAAGAAAAAUCUAUUUUUACGUAAAAUAUAAUUCUAAAAAAAAAAAAAUAAUUCUUCAUUGAAUUGAAAACUUUCAUGCCUGUGUACAUACAUUUAAUCCCUUCCAAAUGACAUAUCUUGGUCACUGGUUGAAGGCUAUAUUGUGCCAAGUUUAUAUACAUCUUGAUAUAUAUACCUUUAAAUAUAUAUAUCACGUAAAUCUGUUAAAAUAUAUGAUUUGAAGAACUGUUUUUUUUUCUGAUUUAGAAAUAUCUGUAAACCACAUAUAAUGCUGUGUGUAAGUACUUGUACUUACAAUAUAUUUGUAAGACUAACUGUAUCUAUCAAUAUAUGUAUAGUUGUAGCAAUAUAUAGAGCAGAAAAUUGCGUCAAAGACAUAACUUAACACGUGACGCGCUCGUUUUAUGAAUAUCUCAUUUAUAUUUUAAUUCUCAUUACACAAAAAAAUGCCCAAAACAUGAACAAUUUUGAACUUACUCAUGGAAGUAUUAGUUUCAGCAAAAGUGCAAUGAUAUAUAUAAGUUUAGGCAAAGAGUCGCGUAUAUAUUACCGCAUAUAUUAGAUUUGUUACUCUAUAUAUAUUAAAUUUUAACAAAAUGACAUCAUUUAUUGCAAUUCAUCAAUUAUAUCUCAAUUUUGUUGGUCAUCUGAUAUAUUAACAAUUCAUAAGUGUGUUAAGUUGUAGGAUUGUUUUGACUGUUUCAAAGACAAAGUUCAUGUAACAUUAUAUGAAACAUUAAAAUUCAUAACACAUUUUCAUAAAUGGGGUUUUACUAUUUGUCACACAGGAUCAAUAAUGUUAUUCAAUGAACGGCUGUGCAGCUUCGUUGAAUCCAUUUUUUGUGAGAUAUAAUAAACAUUUAUUUCUUUA